ACAUUUCUAAACCCUGCGACGCAGUUUUGAUACAAUGGAGGUAAUACUGAGAGAUCCCGUAGUGACUUCUCUUCCAAAACUCUCUUCCCGUUUGGACAACAUUCAGGCUGUAUGGCCCAAGUGUGUGGAAGUUCAAAUUUCUCUCAAGCAAAUAUCAACUCCAGAAGAUCGAAAGCUGAUACCUUAUUUCAAGGAAAAGCAGUUUGCGACAAUAGAAGAUAUCUACUUGGAUCUGGUUGGGGAGUCCAAGGCUAUUCUAUUCGGCCUACCUGGUAAUUUGAAUCAAUCAUCGAUCCAGCCUGUUCAUCCACAGACGACUACAGAGAUUGCUGCUCGGUCUAUAGUCAAGGUUCAACCUAUUUCAUUACCUACUUUUUCAGGUGCAUACAAGGAUUGGGUCACCUUCAGUGACUAUUUCACAUCCUUAAUUAUAAAUGAUAAAAGAUUUGAUGAUUUGCAUAAAUUACAUUAUUUGAAGUCUUGCCUUGGUGGAGAGGCAGCUAAUUUACUUAGUAAUGUACCGGUCACUGCUUUGGGUUUUCAAACGGCUUGGAGCAAAUUAAAAAAUCGUUAUUCAAAUAAACGCUGUAUUUUAAAUACCCAUUUAACAAAUUUAUUUGCAAUUAAAUCUAUUUCAAAUUCAACUCCGGGAAAUUUGCGUAAAUUGCUUGAUUCUGCGACUGAGUCAAUAGAAGCGAUGUCAUUAUUAGGACGUCCCACUGACAAAUGGGACGAUAUUCUAAUUUUCUUGAUUAUUAAACGAUUCGACAAGGUAACACGUGAAGCGUGGGAGUUUCAUCUGGAGGAUUCUGAUGACUUUCCUCUCUUUUCAGAUCUUAUUAAUUUUUUAAGUAAACGAAUUCGUGCUCUUGAAGCUGCAUCAGCGCUCCCAGAAAAAACUCCCACGCAGUCUACGUCAAAAUCUGCUAAUGUACAAGCGCAUCAUUCUGAAGCCUCUCCACCUCGGUGCCUUGUAUGCUCUGAAGCUCAUGCUAUUUACAGAUGUAAAAAUUUUAUUGCAAAACCUGUGAAGGAAAAAUUAGAGUUGGUAAAAAAGAAUAAAUUGUGUCAAAAUUGUCUUACCGGCUUUCAUCGCGGAAAGGCAUGCGGAAGUAAGAUGUACUGCUCUCAAUGUAAGAAGCGACAUCACACACUCUUACAUUAUAAUACCAAGAGUGAAAUCUCGGAAGAGAGGGGGGAGAACCCGCCUACCAAGCCUUCAACGAGCCUUGAAUCUGAAAACUCGGAACCAAUAGAUAACAGUCUAGUAGCUUCUUCCCACCUUUCGAGUGGGUCACAAUUGUCUCCUCGCAUUCUUGCUACGGCUUGGGUGGUGGUUUCUUCCGCCUCUCAACGGGCUGUUACUGUUAGGGCACUUUUAGAUCAAGGGUCAACCCACACGUUCGUUUCAAGGAAAUUAGCAAACGCCUUGAACUCGAAAACGUUCCCGGUUUCAGCCGAAGUGAGUGUUCUUGGAAACCAUACUUCUAAACGCAUUAACCGUCUCAUUCCAAUUUCAGUAAAGGCAACGCGCGGUAAUGAAACAGUUCUUUCAACUGAAGCUUUGAUUUUAGAUUCAUUAACCUCUUAUGUACCUAAAAUCAAUUAUCCAAUUUCCAACUGUGACCAUCUUCAUGGUCUUACUUUCGCUGAUGAGCGAUUGACGGAUGACACUCCUAUCCAUGCGAUUAUCGGGGUUGAUCUUUAUCCUUACGCGCUUCUUGAUGGGAUUCGUAAGGGAAGGCCUGGGGAACCGGUGGCUCAAAAUACAAUAUUUGGGUGGAUACUUUCAGGUCAAACAAAACCUCUUUCUACUUCUGAGAGUAUAGUUCAGGUUCAUCAUCUUCAGGUGAGUGAUAACCUUGAAACUGCUCUUCGAAAAUUCUGGGAGGUGGAAGAAGGUCCGUCCUUUCAGCCUCCAUCAGAGGAAGAAAAUAAGUGUGAAAUGCAUUUUCGCGAAACACAUUCCCGCAAUUCUGAAGGAAAGUAUAUUGUCCGAUAUCCUUUCAAAACUCCACCCCCUCUUGACAUUGGAGAUACACGUAUUCGAUCACAAAAGGUAUUUUUCUCUAUUGAAAGGAGACUGGCUCAACGUCCUGAUGAAAAGGAAUCAUAUCACAAUUUUCUUCGUGAAUAUGAAUCUUUAGGACACAUGAGACUGGUUGAUCCUCCUUCUGAUGAAUCCGCUCAAAUUGUUUAUCUUCCGCAUCAUCCAGUAGUAAAGGCUACCAGUACCACUACAAAAACUAGAGUUGUUUUUAAUGCUUCAAGCCCUUCGUCAAAUCAGGUAUCAUUGAAUGACCUUCAAAUGAUUGGUCCCAGACUUCAGGGAGAUCUUCCUAUGCUCUUAACACGUUGGCGUAUUCAUCCCUUUGUAUAUUGCGCUGACAUUGAGAAAAUGUUCAGGCAGAUACUUAUGGAUGAACGAGACGUCAACUAUCAGAGAAUUUUCUGGCGAACAGACUCCUCAGAGAUCAUACAGGAAUAUCAGCUGUUGACCGUGACCUAUGGAACAGCUUGUGCUCCGUUCCUGGCUAUGAGGGUAUUAAAACAACUUGCCUUGGAUGAAGGUCACGAUUUCCCUUUAGCUGUUCCGAUCAUUCAAGAUCAGAUAUACGUAGAUGACUGUCUCUUUGGUGGACCUAAUAUCAAGGAGGCAAAACAAAAGCGAGAUCAAUUGGUUGCUCUUCUCAAACGCGCUGGUCUUGAUCUUAGGAAAUGGGCAAGUAAUUCUCCCGAGCUCUUAAAUGAUAUUGAUGAGAGCAACCAUGGACUUGCCUGUGAUAAGUCGUUACAACCUGAUGAAAGUUUGAGAAUCCUGGGUAUUUCUUGGAACCCAGCAUCAGAUACUUACCGUUUUUCUGUGCACCAAGAAGAAACGAAGGUCAUUACCAAGAGAGUAGUUCUUUCUAUCAUUUCUAAGGUAUUUGAUCCUCUUGGUUGGCUUUCACCUGUUGUUGUGCUGGCAAAGAUUUUCAUGCAGUCUUUAUGGCGUCAUCAACUUGAUUGGGAUACCCCCCUCCCUGAAGACUUGUCCUCCUAUUGGAUAAAAUUCUACAGCUCUUUGAAUUCACUUGAUAAAUUGCAGAUUCCUCGAUGGAUCGGAAUUGGGGAUGAAACUGUUGUUAAUGAGCUACAUGGGUUUUCAGACGCAUCAACAGCAGCAUAUGCAGCUGUUGUAUAUAUCCGUGUGAUAUCAAGGUCAGGUGAUGUUCAAAUCUCAUUACUGUCAAGCAAAACAAAGGUUGCCCCUGAGAAACAAUUGAGUGUGCCUCGUCUUGAGCUCUGUGGUGCAGUUCUAUUGGCACGAUUGAUGAAACAACUACUUGCCUUAUCUGAAUUCAAUUCGUUUCAAUCAUAUUGCUGGACUGAUUCAUCCAUAGUCAGAGCAUGGUUGAAAUUACCCUCAUCUCAUUGGAAAACAUUUGUUGCCAAUAGAGUAUCAGAGAUUCAUACACUCAUUCCUGAUAUUACAUGGCUCCAUGUUCCUGGCUCUGAAAAUCCCGCUGAUUUGGCAACCCGAGGAUUAAAACCCGAGGACAUUCUCUCUAAUCAUCUGUGGUGGAGAGGUCCUCCGUGGCUCUCGCUUGAUUUCAAUUCGUGGCCAUCGGAGGAACCUUUAGUACCAAAUGAUGCUCCUUUGGAAGAAAAAACACCUAAGGUAUGUGUGGCAAAUUUAGUUAUCAAUUCAGAAAAUGAAUUCGAGAUUGCCCAACGGUUUUCCUCGUGGCCACGUCUCUUGCGAGUGACUGCUCUCAUUCUUCGAUGGUUACCAUCCAGAAGAGAAAUCAGGGAUGGUGCAGUUUCAUUGAUUCCAGAUCCUGAAGAGAUUAAAUUCGCAUCUAUUCGGUGGAUUUCUCUUAUGCAAUCUCGUUAUUUUCCGGACGAGAUCAAGACUCUUUGCAAAAAUGAACCUGAUUCUGAUGGCUUCAAAUCUCUUAAGGUAGAUCAAACGUUCAAAUGUGAUAGCCAACUUCGUCGACUCAAUCCCAUCCUUGAUCCUGAUGGACUUUUACGCGUAGGUGGGAGACUGUCCUUGAGUCGUUUAGAUCCUGCGGCAAAAUUCCCCUAUAUUUUGAAGGCUGAUUCAAUUUCACGCCUUAUUAUUUUGGAUGCCCAUCAACGUUGUUUACAUGGUGGAAUCACUCUUACAUUGAGUACUCUCCGAAAUAAUUAUUGGAUUUUACAAGCUCGCCGAGAUACCGGUCCAACUCAUGAGUCCACUGCCUUCAGCUAG